AUGUGCAGCGGUCCGCUUGCAGCAGACCUCGUCAGCUGCAGCCUCGCGAGAUCUGAGCUCGCAAAUCGUCAGCCCCCAUUCGCACGGAGUAGUUGGUACGGCAAUGUGGACGCCACGAGAGGAAAAUCUCGCUUCUGUUGGGGUCCUCUCUUCUUUGCUGGCCCUGGAGGUCGUUCUUCUUCUUUGCUGGCCCUUCCGUGCGAGGAGGCCAUGCUGAAUGUGGAUGAGGAGACCGAUUUCAUCGUGAUAGAGAAUAACAGGUGAGCUGAGAAAGGCCACAAAUGAAGCGACAACAUGCCUUGUUCGUAUUCGUGCGCGUCUUCUGUCAGCAACCCUUUUGGGUCCACCGCAACGCCGCCCGACUCGGCCCCUUUCUCCUCGCCGCCCUCCCCGCCCUCCCCAUCCCCGCACUCUCCCUCCCCGCCCUCUCCCUGCCCCAUCUCGCCGAGCCAUCCAUGCCCUCUCCCUGCCCUCACUCCGGCCGCCAUCGGGCCGGCACUUGGGCGCGCCAUCAGCACCAACAUUGCAUGGGUGACGUUUCAUGAGGCGAAGGUGCUGACUGACGCGGGGGAGCACAGGGUGAAGCUGGCUCUGAAAACGCCCCGACCCAACCCGGAGGCCGAGUACAGUGUGGCCCAUGAAGGGUUUAUGCUGUAUAGCCAGAUGAGGGCCUGGCAGCAGCACAAGGGGCUACAGGCAAGGCUGAAGGAGACACUCGAGAGGGAGGCGAGGUGGAAGAGGAGGUGGCAGCGUACGGCCCUUGGAGGGCACGGCACUGAAGACGGGUGGUUUUUGCUGAUGUGAAUUGUGAGCCGGUAAGAAAGAAAUAUGACAACCCAAUGGUGACAACCUGAGUAUAGUGUCCGUGUGUGCCGGGUGCCGAACAGGCCCAUGUGGCUGUUGUCCGCUCCAUCAGCGCAUUGUACGGGCCAGGGGGGUGACGACGACGACGAUGACGAUGAGUGCCCUUUUCGUUGCUGAGAGAGGGGGGGGGGGGGGGGGGG